AUGACAACACCACAAGUGCAAGGAAUGACUCCUCCACAAGUGGAUGAAAUGAUUCCAACACAAGUGCAAGAACGGAUUCCAACACAAAUGGAAGAACUGACUUCACCACAAUUGGAAGGAAUGCCUACGCCACAAAUGGAUGAAGCUACGUUCCAGAUUUUGGAAAACUGGUUAAUAGCGCAUAAAUUGGCUGCAGGAUUCGUUACUCUACUUCUAGUCGUGGUCGCCACGUUCUACGGCGAGGGUGCAGAGAUUAGAAUCUCGAUUUAUUUCUGGAUCUGUUUUGCAAUGGUUUACGCGUGGCUUUUAAAAAAUCGGAUACUUUCCGUAUACGUUUCCUAUCAGCAUAAGGUUCCAUUAAUUUACAGCUUAUUAUCUGUUGCUAUGUGCUUCCUGACAUGUCUUAUCGCUUUCUGUUCCUACCACCAAUCACAGAAUCUAACUAUAUUCAAUUUUCACCAAUUAUGUUUGUCAGCAAUUCUUGGCAGCAUCAUGGAAACAAUACUGCUUUAUGAGUUACGUGUGAAUGGGGUGACCAGAAAUGGCUGA